UCUUUUUCUCACACACCCUCUUACACGUCUCUUUCUAGGCCGUCUUGGAUUCUCACACUCCUCGUCCUGGGACGUUGCACUACAGCGUGUGGAGUCCCAUAACCUGUUCUUGGAUUGGAUUAUUACCUAAUGGAUCGCCAGCAGACUGGGUCUGUUUCAAGCAGGCAGCAGUUUUGCAUUUGAGAGGAGGACCAUGGUGCAGUUGGAAAGAUAAAAGGGAGAGAGCGUAGCAGCUAAAUAAAGCAGAGAACAAGCCCGUCUCAGGACAUCAGUCCAAAGAAGAGGAUCUGCCGGCAGAGAGAUAAGAGGGGGAGGACAGGGAACGAAAGAGAGAGUCAGAGGACGAGAGAGAGAGAGAAUGGGAUAUUGCGGCAUGUGGAUCUUCCUCUUGUCCCUGUCUCUCUUCUAUCAAAGCGCCACUGCAGAGGCUGAAGUAUGUCGUACAGCCAUGCCUGCUGAUAUUGUGUUCCUGGUGGAUGAUUCCUGGUCACUGGUCACGACCAGCUUCCAGCAGAUCAAAGAGUUCAUAGCGGACAUCAUCCGAGCCUUCCAGGGAAGUGUGGUUGGACAGGAAGGCAUUCGCUUUGGAGUGACUGUCUAUUCAGACUUGUCCAGGAUGCGUAUAGCUCUGACGGAUUAUUCGACUCUGGAGGAAGUGCUGAGAGCAGUGGAGGAUGUGCCAUAUGAGGGAGGCAACAGCCGGACCGGCUUGGCAUUGGAAUUCCUUGUCGAGUCUGUGUUCAGUCCUUCUAUCAUCAGAGACAACGCCCCAAAGAUUGCUGUUCUGAUCACUAAUGGCCAAUCAGAUGAUCCGGUGGACGGUCCAGCUAAAGCUGUAACAGAUAGUGGGAUUUCCCUGUUUGCUGUGGGGGUGAGGAACGCCAAUCAAGCUGAGAUGAGAAAAAUCGUCACAGAACCCCAUGAGGAACAUCUACUGCUCAGCCCCGAUUUCUCCUUCCUGGAGAACCUUCUGCCCAAACUGUCUCGUCGCAUCUGCUUCACUGCUUCUGAACCUCCCCGGCCUGUUAAGCAAAAGCCACCUGUGCUGAAGAGGAUAGUAGGACCUAAAGAUCUGCAAGUGAGUGAGCUGAGUUACAGCUCUCUGCAGCUGACCUGGAGUCAGGCCACAGGAGACGUUACCGGCUACAGGCUGCUCAUCACCCCUGUGUCUCCAAAGGGCCAUCUGCUCCCGGCACAGCAGAGACAGAUUGAUCUGAAGGGAGAUAUUAGUAGUACUCCAGUAACCGGGUUGAGUCCUAAGACUGAGUACUCCCUCACUUUAUAUGCCAUCUAUCCCGGACGCAUUGGAGAAUCUGCCACUAUUACCACAGAAACCACUGUUCUGCCACCGGUUUCGAACUUCCGUGUGAUUGAAGAAGGAUUGUUCUCUUUACGCCUGGGAUGGACGCCUUCGCUUGGAAAAGUGGAUAAAUAUAAAAUUUACGUUCCAAGAACAGACAGACCCAGCCUCAUUUAUGAUCAGAUACUGUCGGGUGACGCCUCCUCUCACGUGAUUGACACUUUAGAAGAGGACAAAGAGUACACAGUCGAGAUCUACGCUGUCUAUCCUGAGGGCCCCAGUGAGACUGUAUCUGUCACCGGGAAAACUUUGAAACUGGUCCCAGUUGAUAAACUGCUGGUGCAGAACGCCACUACAGACACAGUUCAGGCCCGCUGGUCGUCUGUCAGAGGCGCCACAGGAUACAGACUCACCUGGUCAUCAUCAGAGGGACACAUAGAAAACGUGAACCUGGGAGACAACUUUAAUUUCUACAUGGUGCAGGGCCUGCAUGCUGGCACAGAGUACACCAUCACUAUCAACCCCAUCUUUGUGGACAUUGAAGGGCCUGUUACCUCUGCCAAAGCUAAGACAUUGGAAAGCAGUGCAGUACAGACCCUGAGAGCGUCUGCGGUGAGCACUAGCAGCGCUGUUACCUCAUGGAACGCUGUACCUGGAGCCACAGGCUACAGAUUGGCCUGGGGCCCUACUGCAGAGUUCAUAGGGAGAGAUCGGCCCAGGCAGUUGGCUCUGAAUGGCAGCACUACUGAGUAUGUUUUGAAGAAUCUGGUCCAUGACACCGAGUAUGUGCUUUCCCUUUACGUUCUCUUUGGCUCUGCGGUUGGUCCGGGCAUCACCGCUACAUUCAGGACCUCGCCUCUCGGAUAUGUCUCAAAUUUUAAAGUGACAUCAUACACCAGCUCGUCCAUCGAUGUGGAAUGGAGUCCUAUUGUAGGGGCCACGGAGUACAAACUCACCUGGAGUUCAGAAUUUGUGAGUCCUCAGAGUCGGUAUCUUGACCGCAGCAUUUUACGGCACAGCAUCACUGGUCUUCAGCCACAAACCCUUUAUUCUGUCAGCAUUCACGCUCUCUACAGCAACACAGAAGGACCAGAAAUCACUCUCUCACAGCAAACAGCCUCUUUGACAGACUCUGAGCUGAUUAAAACAGUUCGGGAGGUAAAAGUUGUGGACAUUGGCGCCAACUCAUUCAAACUGGCCUGGAAGAAAACACCAGGGGUCACUGGAUACAUGAUCACUUGGAGUUCUUUCCAUGGUGGAGAAAAAAGGAGUGAGGUUGUAUCUUCUUCUGCCACGUCCUUCACCAUCACUGAUCUGCCUGCCAGUUCUGCAUACAAGAUCCAGGUUUCUGCAGUGGUCAGAAGCAAAGAGGGAAGUCCAGUAAUGGUGACCGCCCGCACAUUGGAUCUGCCCAAGGUGACUGGAUUCAGUGCUCUGAACACCACCGACAACAGCACUGUACUGAACUGGACCAGUGUAACUGGAGCAUCUGGAUACCUGCUAUCCUGGAGACAUAUAUCAGUGUGUGGCAGGGUGAAGGCAGAUAUUGUGUUUCUGGUCGAUGAAUCCUGGAGCAUUGGAACUAAUAACUUUGGCAAGCUGAAGGAUUUCCUGUUUAGAAUCGUCACCUACUUCCCCUCUAUAGGACCUAAAGGAACACAGAUAGCAGUAGUUCACUACAGUGAUCAGCCCAGGAUCGAGUUCAACUUUAACACUCACAAAGACCGUAACUCCGUUUUGAGAGCACUCCGUGAAGUCCGCUACGGAGGGGGGAACACAAAAACAGGUCGUGGGAUCAGCUAUGUCCUUAGGGAGAUGUUUCAGGAGUCUUUGGGUAUGAGACAGGAAGUCCCUCACAUGUUAGUGUUACUGACAGACGGGAGAGCACAGGAUGACGUAGAGCCACCAUCCAGGAUAGCACAUGCUCUGGGUGUCAGUAUGUUGGCCAUCGGCAUUGCUCAUGCAGAUAUUGAGGAGCUGAGGACCAUCGCCUCUCCCACCACUUACAAGAACAUCUUCUUCGCCAGUGAUUUCGACGAUCUUCCGACCAUCGAGAGAGAGUUUAUCAGCAGCAUCUGUAGCGAGGCCUUACAAUCAGAGUUCAAACAACACGAUGAGUCUGCUCAACUGGACACACCUACAGAUGACCCAGAAGCUCUCAGUAAGCCAGAAGGGCCCUGUCCACUUAGCUGCAAGGGUCAGAAAGGAGAAAAGGGCGAUGGAUUUGGUCAUGGUGGCCUGCGACUCAAGCAAGGCCCUGGGCAUUAUGAUUCAUUCUCUCUAAAGGUCAAAGGGGAAAAGGGUGAACGCGGUCUUCCCGGAACGGAUGGAAUUCCGGGUUUACCAGGACGACCAGGUAGAACUGGACCUCCUGGUUCUCCUGGACAAAGGGGGGCGCCUGGAAUUCCUGGUGACAUGGGGCCUCCUGGUAAUACUGGACCUAAAGGACAGAGAGGAGAGAGAGGUGAACCGGGCUAUGUUAUGGGAGGUAUGGAGGUUCUUCCAGGACGUAAAGGAGAACCUGGAUCCUCUGGCCCUCCAGGUGCUCCAGGGGUCCCAGGGGUAUCAGGUCCUCCAGGACUCCCUGGUUUGUCUGGGCCUCCGGGUUCUCCUGGACUCUCUGUUAAGGGCGAGACUGGAGAAUCUGGUCCUAAAGGUCCACGUGGAAAACCGGGUCAGAAAGGAGAAAAGGGGGAGCAUGGAAGUAAUGGUCUACCAGGUUUACUAGGACCAGUGGGAGUGGAUGGACUUCCAGGACUUCCUGGGCAGAAGGGGGAGAAGGGAGAGGAAGGUAUCGGAAUUCAGGGUGUUCAAGGUCCACUUGGGCCAAAAGGAGAAAAGGGUAAUACAGGACAACAAGGCCCAAAGGGCGAAGUAGGAAUCCAAGGAGUCCAGGGAAUCACAGGCCCUCGGGGGAAAAAGGGUCUUAAAGGAGAUCAAGGAGACAAGGGUGAACGUGGGGAAAUUGGACCUAUCGGGCCUCCAGGAGUUGCAGGCUUCCCUGGAGCUGCUGGACGAAAGGGUGAUGAGGGGCAGCGCGGCCCUCCCGGUGACCCAGCAAAAGGGAUACUCGGUCAUCCAGGGAAAAAGGGUGCCAGGGGGGAUAUUGGACAAGUUGGGCCACCAGGACCACAAGGUAUCAAAGGAGAUCAAGGUGAUAAAGGUGAAAAGGGCAGUCCUGGAUUUGGAAUCCCCGGUCAGUCUGGUCCCAAAGGAGAGAGUGGAGAAAGAGGUAAUGUUGGAUUAUCAGGGAAACCUGGGCCUAAAGGCAGCGAUGGGUCCAAAGGAGAGAAAGGGGAGGUGGGUUUCCCAGGCAACCCUGGUUCUCCAGGACUAAGAGGUAAAGAUGGUCUGCCAGGACUGAUAGGAGAGAUGGGAUUGAGGGGAGAGUCUGGUUCACCAGGAGAACCUGGAGAGAGAGGUGUUAAGGGGCCUCUCGGUCUUCCAGGACGACCCGGUGACCCUGGGGAAAAAGGCGAGCAUGGGAAAUUAGGGUUACCAGGUCCAGAGGGAAACAAAGGAGAGAAAGGCGAGCCGGGAAGGCCGGGACCACCGGGAAACACUCAAUUCACCACUUCAGACAACACCAUUCUCACCAGGGCCAUUAAGGGUGAACCUGGUGAGCCAGGGAUCCCAGGACUCAGAGGGGAGACAGGACGUCCUGGACCACCUGGUCCUGAAGGUAAACCAGGACCUCCUGGGAAUUCACUGCCUGGAUCUAGUAAAGGAAGAGAUGGUGUGGAUGGUUUACCAGGAAGGCCUGGAUCUAAGGGUGAACCAGGACAGAAAGGGGACCCAAGUCGAACAGGUGAGAAAGGAGAUCAUGGACGUGCUGGGAUUACUGGUAUGCCUGGUUUACCUGGGACACCUGGUAAACCUGGUGUUGAUGGGAAACGUGGAGCAGCUGGAAAAGAUGGAGAUCAAGGACCAAAGGGUGAUGAAGGGACAAAGGGUGAAAAAGGUGAACCUGGUGCAAAUGGAAAUGAAGGUCAAAAAGGAGAGCCAGGAUCUCCAGGCUUGCCAGGUCCUCCCAUUGUCCUCCAAGAUGGUAUGUCGAUUGAGGACAUUAAAAAGGCAUUUCCCAUACCAAUGGGACCCCCGGGUGCGGUGGGUCCUCCUGGGAUGAAGGGAGAGAAAGGAGACAUGGGUUUGAAAGGAGAGAAGGGUGAUGCUGGCCCACCGGGGAGAGCUGUUGAAAUGAAGGACAUUGAAGGCUUGUUUGAUUCAUAUGGUAUUAAACUCUCGCUGCUGAAGGCCUUGAUUGACAGGCUGCUUCAGGAUGGAAUGGAGGAGCUUCUUCAUGAGAUCAGCACUAGCAGAAGAGUGAAAGGAGACAGACAGGAGCCGGACUCAAACGUCAUCACUGAAUACACCAGCUCAGUAAAGUACAGUCACCCACAAGAGUCAUUACCUGAUACAGAUUUGGCUGAGGAAGAGACUGAUCUUGAAGAGGGGCAGAUGCCUGAGCCCAGUUCUAAGCCUGUUGUAGAAAAAGAAGUGGGUCCUAUCCUUUCGAACAUCUCUACUAUUCACAAAAAGGCCAACCAGAGUAAAACCAAAGACAAGCUGGUAGAUGUUGAAGAAAAGAAACUUGUGGAGACCAACUUCAGUGAUGUUACACCUUUGAAAUUUCUGCAAACCAAUACUUCCUCUGAGAGGUUGGUCUCUGGGAAGGUAGAGGUAAGUAUGGAGACAGUUUUCCACAGCCACGAGGACACGGGGAAGAAAACAUCUGGAGAGAAGAAGAAAAGCAGAGAGAGGGGAAAGGGCAAAGGAAAUAAAGGACGUCAAAAACGACAAAGGAAACGUUUGGAAGAUCAAGACAACAUGGAAGAGGAGGUUGAGGAAGCAUCAUAUGACGAUGAGGAAUAUGAAUAUGAGGACGAGCUGCCCACAGAAGAGCCCUUUCCCUCUCGAGAGGAGGAGGGCGAAGGGGAGGAGGUAAAAUACUCAACAACAACUGCUAUAUACACACAAGAAAAUGAGGAUGAAACAACUUCUCCGAUUACACAGUAUCCAGAGGAGAUUACACUGAUGGUUCACACAACAACAGCGAGUCCCCUGCUCUCAUCAAAAGUCACAGAGCAGAAGCCGCGUGAAACCACAUUAAUAUCAGUGCUAAAUGCAACACAAACUGGAGAGGAGGUGAGCUUGUCCCACAAUAGCGGCCUGGAAGAGGCAAGAUCUAAAGUGAAGAGAAGUGCUCCUUCAUCUGAGUUCAUGGCCUACAUGCCUGGAACACCAGGAGGACAAAACCGUUACAAACAAGGAUCUAAGCGGUCUACCUCAGGUGCACAAGGCAAAAAGAAGCUAAAUAAAAAGAAGCAAGAAAACAAAGACCCUGAGACUGUGACAGAGAUGUACGGAGAAAGAGAGGGGGAAGAACAGGGGGAGAGAGAAGAUGAAGUCUAUCUUGAGAACAAAGAAAGGAUUAUUGAAGAGGAAAAGACAACUGAGGCACAGUGGGACAUGGAGGAAGAGGAUGGUGUGACUGAGACCAAGGAAUACAGUUCAGGUGAUGGUGACGAGGAGACAGGCAGCGAGGAGAUAGAGGAAGAAUUUGAGCUAGAGAGGGAGAGAGAGAGACAGGAGAUGGAAAAAGAAAGGAUGGAACUGGAACAAGAAAGAGAAGCAGAACUGGAAAGGGAGAGAGAGCUCAAGAGAGAGACAGGGAUGGAACAAGAAGAAAAGGAGGAGGGAGAGAGACAGUUACAAAGACAAAGAAUGGAAUGGGAGAGACAAAGAGAGAAGAUGGAGAGGGAGAGGAAGGGAGAGACAGACCGAGAAGAUGACAUGGGGCCCCGUAUUUCCCACUGUGAUUACCUUAAAGGACCUCCAGGUGAAAAUGGAAAACCAGGCCCUAAGGGGGAGAUUGGUGAAAAAGGCCAGAAGGGAGAACCUGGAACUGGUCACCGUGGGCCCAUUGGUCAGGCCGGUCCACCAGGACAAAAGGGCGAGCCUGGAGAACCAGGACCACCUGGAGCACAGGGCAUUCAGGGUAUUCGUGGCAACCCUGGAAUCUCGGGGUCACCAGGUCACAGAGGUCAGCCUGGUGACCCUGGAGAGCCAGGUAGAAAGGGUGAUAGAGGGAGACGAGGGAAGAAUGGCUCACCUGGUACUCCAGGUGCAAUUGGUCCUCCUGGACAGCAGGGUCCUUCUGGCCCCUCUGGGGUUAAUGGUGAAAAGGGAGACAGUAUCCCAGGAGAACCAGGCGACAGAGGAAUUCCUGGGCUCCCAGGUCGCAGGGGAGUCAAAGGCACUGUCGGUGCCAAUGGGCCUCUAGGUCUCAUGGGUCCUAAAGGCAUGACAGGUAUGAAAGGAGAAAAGGGUGACAAAGGUGUGACUGGUCACAGAGGAGACAAGGGUAGUCCUCUCUCCAUGCCAGGACCCAGAGGAUAUAAGGGUCUGAAAGGAGAGCCAGGUGAACGUGGGCUUCCAGGAUUUGAUGGAGAUAAAGGAGAGAAGGGUGAAGAUGGUCCACCUGGUGCAAAGGGGCUGAAGGGAGAAGCUGGUACUAAAGGAGGCAUGGGGCCUUUUGGUGCACGUGGUCCAGUAGGACAAAAGGGAGAUCCAGGGGAGCCAGGCGCCAAUGGGGAAAAGGGUCGUAAUGGAGAACAUGGACUGGAUGGUGAGAAAGGUGAUAAGGGAGACAUGGGCCUGCAGGGCCGAAAGGGAGAUCAGGGUGAGACAGGAGAGCCUGGUUUACCUGGAGAUGCAGGAAUUAAAGGCGAGAAGGGCUUCAGAGGUUUCCCUGGUCGAAUAGGGAGUCCAGGACUGGAUGGAGAACAGGGUGAUUCUGGGGACCCUGGCAGGCCAGGCAUUCCAGGACUAAAUGGUCUCCCGGGACGAAAGGGAGAAAAAGGUGAUAGUGGUCUGAAUGGUCUUGAUGGAGCUCCUGGACAAAAAGGAGAGAAGGGUGCGACUGGUUUCCGAGGUUUCACUGGGUUUAAGGGAUCUCCUGGUGCACCAGGAACUAAUGGGGCUCUGGGUCGGCCUGGUCCGGUUGGACCUAAAGGUGAAGUGGGACCAAAGGGAGAGAAGGGAAGGAGAGGCAGAGGAAAGGCCUGUCAACGGGGACCCCCUGGAAUUCCUGGCCUCAGAGGCCUGGAUGGGGAAGUGGGAACCUCAGGCAUGAAAGGAGAAAAAGGGGAGACUGGACUCAGUGUGGAGGAAGUGAAGGAUCUUGUGACAAAGGAGGUGGUUGAGAAGUGUGGAAAGGAAAUACUCCUGAUGGUGAACACCAAUGAUCCAGAUGAAGAGAGUAUCCUAAGGGAAGAGAGAAGAACAGAUUCUGCCUCUCCGUUCUUGCUCACCCACCCCAAAGUGUGGGAUGAAGAGUCAGAGGACGAGACCACUACAGUUCAUCCUGCUGUUUCAGAGUCUGAGCCAACAUUAGUAUAUGGCAACGUUACAAUUUGUCCUCGGGCCUGGAAGGGUUUGGAUGGGGAAACUGUAGUUUUAUAUCAGUUUUAUGUUCAUAUGAACUUCUGCUGGGUCUUAUGA